AUGCAUUCAAAAGUUCAACCACAUUGCAUCGCUCUGCGUUUGCAGGAGGGCACACAAGGGUUUAUAGAUUUUAACCAGUUCUGGACAAUCGAAGGCACUCCGAUGAUUUUCUUCAUGAACAGCGGCGGUGAAAUGAUAAGAGAGCCGCUGAAAGGAACAAUCACACAAGCACAGAUUCUUAGAACGGCAGUUGGGAUUAUCAACGAAAAGACAACGCCUGACGCGCCUAGUAAAGAAUGUUCAAGCAGCACGAACUCAAACAUGCAUUCUGAAACUCCUGGAACUUCAGAACCUUCAGAGACUCCUGAAGAAAAAGCCACAAGGUUAGCAGAGAAGGCAGAAGAGUACAGGCGCAAAAUUGAUGCGGUUCGAGAGCAAAAAGCAAAAGAAGCCGCGGAAAAGAAGCGACAAGACGAGAUUAAACGAAGAGAAGAGGGAAAGAAAAUGGCAGAAGCAAGACGAAAGCGAGAGGAAGACGAACUAAAGAUCAUCGCAAACCGAAAUAAGCGUGCCGCAGAAAAGAAAGCUGACGCAGAACACCUCGCGAGAGUACGGGCUCAAAUUGAGGAAGACAAGCGGAACCGAGCGGCAGCCUACAACGCGGAGAAAACCGCGAGGGAUGCAGAAACUAAUCGGCUUAGAGAGGAGAAGUUGCGUGCCGAACGCGAAAAGCAAGAAGAGAUUCAGCGUGCUAAAGCGAGCAAAGCGCGUCUUUCUAUCCGCCUCGGCAAUGGCGCUUCUAUCACUUAUACAUUCGAAGCCGACGAUCCUCUUCAAAACGCUCGCGACCUCUUAGUCAGCGAUAAUAAGUCGGAUGAUUUAAAAGUCAAGCUCCUUCUCGGUAUCGCAUAUCAAGAAGAAGAUCAGGAAGAUGAAGCCUUCAAAAUCUUCGAUGAAGCUGCUUCUCUUGGCUCGCUCUCAGCGCUCUAUCAAAAGGCAGCAUAUUUGUACGAUGGCAGGGGCGUCGAAAAAGAUACACAAGCAGCAAUCGCUCUUAUGGAAGAAGUCGUCGAUCUCGCUCAAAAAGAUGAGAAACAAGAACAUCUACUACAAAACGCUUUUUUGAAUCUUGGCCGUGCCUACUGGGAUUCAUUCCCUCACAAUGCACCGAAAGCUGAAGAGUACUGGACAAAGGCUGCCGCCGAGGGGAACGGGCUGCUCGAUGCGAUGAUCGAAUUGAGCAAGUUCUACGCUCAUCCCGUUUACAAAAACGUAGAAAAAUGCUUCUACUGGCACCAAAACGCGGCUGGAGCGGGCCAUGUCCCGAGUCAGGCAAUCAUUGGCAAAUUUUAUCUUCAAGGCGAGGGGAUUGCACAAAGCACGACGAAAGCGAUGAACUGUUUCAAACGAUCUGCCAACAACGGUAGUGCGUUGGGCCGCGCAAUGCUGGCUGAGCUUUAUUAUAAGCGAAAAAUGUUUACCGAAGCAGCUCAACAGUCAAAGCGUGUCUGCGAGGCAUCAUCCGAUUUUGACUUUUCGGAAAAAGAUGAGCACUUCAAAAAGGGCUUCUGUCUGGGCGCCUUCAUUUAUUCUCGAUGUCUUCAACUUGGCCGUGGCACGCUGCCUGAUUACGAAUACUCGGUGGAACUCCUUCACGCCGCAGCUAAGGCCGAUCCCGAAUAUGCAAAUCAACUUCAAAAACAGAUCAUCGCUGGCCAGAUUUGA